AGAUAUCGUGUGCCAUGUCAGAGUGUAUUUUUGUAACUAUCGCAUCACGUGUACAAGUCCGCCCCUCACGCACAUUAAAAUCGUGAGCCGCCACUGAGGAAGUGAGCUGCGCGUGUGACUAGUCGCGUCGGGCAAACCGUUACGGCCAGAAAGGGCAGCACCAUGUAUUGGGCUGUGCUGUAUUAAAUUCACCAACUAUCUUUCAGAAACUUUGUGUUAUUCUUCAGGUGUCCCGAGUGGCCAUAACAGCUCGGGGGGCCCUACUGCGUUAACCCCUACCUCUAGCCACAAGGCCGAACCUUCCCUGAGAUCACGAACCCGAGCAAAAAUCACGUCUAAAUAGUCAGAGGUAGCGGGGGCCGCGUCACAGCAUUCUUUCAUUUUCUUUUAGAAGUGUUUAAAUUUGCUAAAUCUCUCUUGCUUCCUACUUUUAUCAGCUAUUUACAUCCAUCUUUUCUUCUCUCUAGGACCGCACUUUUGAUUAAUAUUGAAUUAUCAUUUAGUAUUAGUUUAUUCUUCAACAUACUGAUCCUAUCUUGUGGCGUCUUGUAGUGUGAUGUUACAUCUUGUCUUGUUUCAUCCAAUGUUGACAAAUUACAAGUUGUAGCGUCAAAUCUCCCGUCACGGUUAUUGGAAGCAUGAUCAUAAUGGCGUGAAAAUUGAUAGGAAUAAGGAAAAAAAAUUAACUGGAAUUAUUUGAUACUAUUACUUUUUUCUGUGGAAGUUUCAUAAAAUUAUAACUCCUUCCUAGUUUUUUUAUUGUUUCGAAAUGCAUGCGUUAGUGAGGUUGUUUAAACUGGAUGUUUGUGUUAUCUUUAAAAAAAAAAAAAAAAAAGUAAAUACUUUGAUUGUAAUGAGAGGGAGUGUUUAGAUGAGUGUUAAUUUUUUGUCUUUAUGUAUUGUAUAUUCUAAUAUCAAAUAUUUCUGAUAGAAAUAAUUUGGAAAUAAAAUGGCUUUCAAUUACCCGGCAUUUUCUUACAUUGUGGCCUUAAUUAUAGAUGCAUUCUUAAUAUUUUUUGCUAUUUUUCAUGUUAUAGCAUUCGACGAGCUAAAAACGGACUACAAGAACCCUAUUGAUCAGUGCAACAGUUUAAAUCCGCUGGUCCUUCCAGAGUAUCUCCUGCACCUGGUGUUCAACAUUUUGUUCGUGACUGCGGGAGAGUGGUUCUCCCUCUGUCUGAACAUCCCACUGCUGGCGUACCACAUCAACAGGUACCGCACGAGGCCCGUGAUGACGGGGCCCGGCCUCUACGACCCCACGAGCAUCAUGAACUCAGACGUGCUCACCAAGUGCCAGCGUGAGGGCUGGAUCAAGCUGGCGUUCUACCUGCUGUCCUUCUUCUACUACCUCUACGGGAUGAUAUACGCAUUGAUUUCUACUUAAGCGCAGAAUCCUUGCUGUGGGGAUGUGCCACGCGUCUCAAACUUCGUCCUUCCUUCGCGUCAAUGACGUCGUGCGUCGGGACUCAAGUUGGAAAUUUUUUUCUUCAGCUGGUGGUUUUGUGGACGGACACAGCUUCUAGUCUUACCACGAGCGUGUACCUCUGGGAGCUUUCGGAAACCUCAGGCAAUCUCGUUUCUCUUUCCCCUGCCGCGCGAUUGGGUUUGGUCGAUCAUAGUGACUCAGUGACCAGACUCGUUCAGAACAAGCACUCUUAACGUAUUAUUUUGAAACAGCCGCAGUUCAAAAACGUCAUACAUUUUUAUUUUGCAUUGGUUAAAAUACAAACACAAGGUUUCAGCAAAUGAAAUUAUGAUAUUUUGUAUACCAAACAGUAACUGUUUAUUUUUUAAAUAUUUGGUUUGGUUUUCUCUUGCUCUUUUGUGGUUGACGACAGCUUCACUCAGCUCACCCUGUGAUCACACAAGAUUAAACCAGAGGCGAUCGAGUAAAGCAUUGAGUUAAUCAGAUCUCCAGAUUUUGAAUGUGGGUAAACAAACUACUUGGGGUUAUGAUGGUCUUUUUUAAAAAAAAAAAAGUUUUUUAGUUUGAUUAUUUCAGUAGAUCUGCUUCCAAUUAUGUUUUUAACUUGCACUUGAACACGUUUUAAAAUGUGUUAUUUGGACCAAAAAUUGACUUAGACAUAAAAGUGUAAUUAAUAAUGUUCUGCAAUCCAAAUACUAGUGAAAAAAAAAAUAGUUUAUUGAUAAAUAAGUGCUUAGCAUACAUGAUUGUCAAAUUAAUAUACCUCGACAAGGAAAUUAAAAAAAAAAUUUAUACCUAGUCAAUUGGCAACAUCCAAGUGGAAAAAUAUUAUGACGGAUGUGCGUAUCACGUGAAUCGCUCAGUUUGUUGACGGAAAAACAGAUGGUGGAUGAACAUAUGCGAUGGAUCAUUGUGUGUCUAGCUUUACUUUACUAAAUCCUAUUUGCUUUAAUGUAAACACUUACUCUGAUCGAGUUAGCCUGGUUAGGUUUUCGAAAGCACCUUCUUUGUAAACUUAUUUAUUGCAUGGUGCUGAAUGUCAUGUGCUGUAGUUUUGGGUUCCUUGUUUAAAGAAUUCAACUUUUGAAAGUAGGGAUAAAAUGAGUGAAAAAAUUUUGUUGAACAGCUGAAACUAUUGGGUUAUUUCCCUUUUUAUGCGUACAAAAUAUUUGAAAGUUUUCACAUUAUACCUGGACCUACAGUUGAACUUCAUCCAAUUCAGUGUAACUAACUACAAUUAUUGUACAUUGUGAUAAGCACUUACACAAACACUGUAUUAGUAUUAAGAUGCAUUCGUAGAGCUAGUUUUAACUCUUAAUACCGUGUUUUACUAAAUUUGUGUUUUGGUUUUUCGGCCAGUCAGAAGCUUUGAAUGUUGUACCACAUUGUCAUUCGAAGAACUGUAAUCGGUUACUGAGAAAAUGUGGGUUGGCUAAUUUGUGACGAAUAGCUUCCCCAACCCCCAAGGUGUCAUGCUAUAAAAACAUCAGAGUGCAAUUUUCGAAGGAAAAAAAAGGGUGGCCGGAAUUAAAUUCAGAAAUUAUUGAACUACUGAGUAUCUAAUUCUGCAGUUAUUAAUAUUUUCCUUUACAUUACACACUACCAAAUACAGCUGCAUUAAUUUCUUGCCGGCUAAAUCAACUAAAAAUAAACAAAGGAAUGGGGUUGAAUUUAUGUCACUUGCAACCAGACCUCUCUGAAUGUUAUAUGUUGUGGAAGUGCUUAUCACCAUAACUAUCCAUGUUUAAACAUUUGUUGGUUGUACUGUAGUCGUUAUAACAAUUUGCAUUCGGUUAAAAAAGUUUUAAUGGAGUGUGUUACAUUAGUCAUAAAUCUUUAUGAUUAAUUUUUCUACUGCAUCUGCUAUAACAACGUUACUCCCAGCACAGUUGUACUUGGUCAUUUAAACUUUCUAUUUGUAAACUUUUAACACCAAUGAGUUGUAAAAUCAUCUUGAAUAUCUACUAAAAGAGAUUUUGGCUAGGUAGGAAAAUGAUUGAAAUUUCCAUGAAAGGGCUGAAAUGAGCAAGAAUGAUAUUUUAAAGAAAACCUGGCAACAUUUGUCAUUGCUACAAUCGUAUUUUAACUAUCUACAUCUACAAUAUAACAGUGAUUGUAAACAAAACCAUACGUAACGUGUGAAGUUAAUCUUUUAACACGUUAAACUUCACAGAUGGGGUAAGUGUUGGAAUAAUUCAUUUUUUAAAACUUUUUUCCCCAUUUAUUAAAUUUUGGCACACUUUAUGAGAGAAAAUGCACCAUUCGUGAAACGUUAUAUGCAGGAAAAAAUACAUUGUCCUUAUGGGGAACAUGUCGGGACUUAAAAAAUGUUAUGUUAUAAGCAGGAACAUUAUAACAUAAUACAAUUAUACUGUUUUAUAUUAGUGAUGGUAUCAUCCAAAUUUUUCUCAAAUCUGAAUCUAGGCUCCAAGGGUCAAAAAUAUAGUUGUAUAUAAGAAAUGAAAAUUAUUAAUUUUGGUGUAACAGAAAACCCUUUACAUGUUUGUUUGGCAAACUUAAGUUUCCAGAAUCAAUAACAUUGCAAUUUUGUUCAUAUUAUUUUCAUGUGAAAAGUGGGGAAUGGUAAUAUGAUAGGUACGUAGGAAAAAAAAUUAAGCUAGUAAAUUUCAUGGGUUAUCAUUGUUGAAAAUUUUAGUUUACCUUGUUUCCUCUAGCAUUUUUUGUAGAAUCUUUUUACUCAAAUAUUGAAUCCUUUUGAGUAUUGUAUUAAGGAUUGAUGGUAUUUUGAGUUUUUGAUUGGCCCGUCCCUACUUUAUAAUAACGUUUCUUUGGUGUUUCAUUUAAACCUAGACGGAUGUUUGAUAAUCCAACAGCUGCGGUCCCGAAAGUGCUGGGUUAGAGAGCUAUGCUAGCUUCGAAUUCUUUUCCUGUGUUAGCUUGAUAAGUUGUUCAAUCACACAAAUGUGACAAGGUAGUACAGUCUCCAAAUCAGCGGUUCUCAAAAGGUGUUCCACGAAACGAAUUUCAUAUAGAGCAGGCACAAUUAUUGUCAAAUAACUUUCUUUGGAGUUGGGGUUCCGCCAAAAGAAAAUUCGAUUAUUGAAUUCCCUGGCUGAGAAAAAAAUUGGGAUCUGCUGCUCUAGACAAUUCCAAAUGUAUUGCAUAAUUGUAGGGUUUCAAACCAUUCCAUGUGCAUACCAAUUAUCUUUGUACUUUUAGUGUGUCUUGGUCAUUUGUGUGUUCAUGAAAUUUAAGAUUGUUAUGAACCACACAUUUUACAUAAUAUUAACACUUUCAAGACCAGCAAAUUUUUGUGCACUCUUUAGUGUAAAAAAAAAUUCAUAUUUUAAAAAAAUUUAUUGGAAGAUAAAAUUUAAUUCAUGCAUAGAAUUAUGAUACAUGGUUAGAAUGCUUGAAAGGUCUUCUUUUCAGUUAUUCAUUAUAAAAUAUAAAUAAAUCCCUGAAGUGUCUGCAUUGUAUGUGAUGCGAAUAAACACUUUAAACAAACUACUCAUUAGUCACAUGCAAUAUUUGUCCAGAAAGUGUUAAUGCAAUGAGAGAAAGUCAAAAUAUAAAAUGUUAUCCUUCUUAAUUUUACAUACAAACAAAAAAAAAUCAUGUUCCAUUUAAAAACUAAGGGGAAAGAAAGAAAUCCACAUUCAAACAAAAGAAUUGGUAUUUCUAAACUAGCGUAAGCAAUAUUGCGUAUGAAUGGUUGAAAUAUGAAUUAAAUGUAUCAUUGUGUGCAUGAAUACUUACUGUUUUAAGUAUAAAUUUUUUUUUUUAGUAUUUGUAAUUCUAGUUCAUGUAGUAAGUAGACUAUGAAAUGUGUAGUGUGUUGGGAAAUACUUUUUGUUUUUUCGACAUGUAAUAAAUUAUUUUCUUUUGCACAUAGUAUAAUCAAAUCAAUGACUAGUGUAGGUAUGUUAACUGCAAAGGAUAUUCAUACAUUGUGGUGUGGUGAAAAACUGGUUAGUGUGAUUAUGAGUAAAGGACUCGACUGAUAAUACUGUUCUUCGUGAAAAUAAUCAAAGUGUCAGUUAUGUAAGUAUUUGUGGCUUUUGGGUGAGCAUAGGAAACUCAAUCCUACAAACAUUAAAGGUUGUGGAAAAAGGAACUUUUUUUAUGCUAUGACACACAUGGUAACUUUUUGUCAACAUCUUGGAUUUUAAACAACUUAAUAAAAAUUUAAUAUCAGAAA